ACUGUUUGCAGGUGAGAUACUUGCUAAACACCUGUGUCGAGCUGUUUACCUGUUGUCAAGAUCUUAGAGGACUGGCGGCAGGAGACAGUUGAUGUGCACACACAACCCUGGGUGCAGGAUGGAGUCUGGGAUCGUAAGAAAGAUGUUGAUAGGACUGCUAGCCGCCAUCUACCUCUGCUUGCCAACUGCUGCAGCCUUCAGUUUAUCUUCCGGCUUCAAUCACGAAGACGAUUCGUCAUCCGGCUCGUCGGGGUCAGAAGGUCGGGCGUGCAAGGUGAAGUUCGGCAGCGAGCCUCACUACCACGACCCUGAGUGUAAGACCUUCUACAGCUGCACUGACCACUGGGGCACCCUGGAGAACUGCCCCAGCGGACAACAGUUCCACUUCGAAAAGAAACAAUGUCUGGAGGACGAGGAAGUUCUCUGCAAGUGGCAGCUGGAGUUCCACAAAGAAUUGUCUGGUCCAUCGGACUCUUCUUCUGGCUCUUCCUCAGGAUCGGGAUCACAUGGCUCGUCUGCUCCUGACAGCGAGUUUUCAGAGAGAGAAUGCUCGUCAGAGUCCGGUGUGGAACCCAACUUUGAAGACACCAGCUGUAAGACCUACUACAGCUGCAGCGACUACUGGGGCAGUGUGGACCAGUGUCCUCGCGGCCAGCAGUUCCACUUCGAGAGCAAGAAAUGUGUCAAGGACGGCGAAGGAAUCUGCAAGAGGCAGCUGGAGAAGUACAGCAGCAUGUCUUCCUCCGCGGCCUCGUCUGGCCUCCAGAAGUAUGUCGGGAAAUACCGGUCAAGACGAUCUCCAAGGACUCUGAGGUCGUCAGACUACUCUGGAUCAUCUGGAUCCUCUGGAUCGUCUAGUGACAGCUCUGACUCAUCCUCCUCUUCUUCCGGUUCGUCAUCCGACUCGUCGGGGUCGUCAGGUCGGCCGUGUAGUGUCAAGUACGGCAAGGAGCCUCACUACUACGACUCUGAGUGUAAGACCUACUACAGCUGUAGUGACCACUGGGGCGAGCUCGAGUCCUGCCCCAAGGGUUACCAGUUCCACUUCGAAUACAAGGAAUGUGUGGAGGACGAGGACGUGUUCUGCAAGUGGCAGCUGGAGUACUACAGUGGCUCGUCUAGUUCAUCUGGUUCAUCCGGUUCCUCUAGCUCUUCAAGUGGUUCAUCCUCUUCAUCUGGCUACUCGAAGCGGUCAUCGUCGUCAUCUGACUCAUCAGACGACUACAGCAGUUCUGGUUCAUCCUCCUCUUCUUCCGAUUCGUCAUCUGACUCGUCGGGGUCGUCAGGUCGGCCGUGUAGUGUCAAGUACGGCAAGGAGCCUCACUACUACGACUCUGAGUGUAAGACCUACUACAGCUGUAGUGACCACUGGGGCGAGCUCGAGUCCUGCCCCAAGGGAUACCAGUUCCACUUCGAGUACAAGGAAUGUAUGGAUGACGAGGAUGUGUUCUGCAAGUGGCAGCUGGAGUACUACGAUGAUUCAUCGGAUUCAUCUAGUUCCUCUAGCUCUUCAAGCUCCAGUUCCUCAUCUUCCUCCUCUAGUUCAUCAUCAUCAUCAUCUGACUCGUCGGGGUCGUCAGGUCGGCCGUGUAGUGUCAAGUAUGGCAAGGAGCCUCACUACUACGACUCUGAGUGUAAGACCUACUACAGCUGUAGUGACCACUGGGGCGAGCUCGAGUCCUGCCCCAAGGGAUACCAGUUCCACUUCGAGUACAAGGAAUGUGUGGACGAUGAGGACGUGUUCUGCAAGUGGCAGCUGGAGUACUACAGUGACUCGUCUAGUUCAUCUGGUUCAUCUGAUUCCUCUAGCUCUUCAAGUGGUUCAUCUGGGUCAUCUGGCUAUUCUAAAAGGUCAACCAGGCUCCGACGGUCAUCAGGGUCAUCUAGCAGUGGCUCUAGUUCAUCUUCUGAUUCUUCCUCUGACUCUUCCGGCUCGUCCUCCGACUCGUCAUCUGACUCGUCGGGGUCGUCAGGUCGGCCGUGUAGUGUCAAGUACGGCAAGGAGCCUCACUACUACGACUCCGAGUGUAAGACCUACUACAGCUGUAGUGACCACUGGGGCGAGCUCGAGUCCUGCCCCAAAGGAUACCAGUUCCACUUCGAGUACAAGGAAUGUGUGGAGGACGAGGACGUGUUCUGCAAGUGGCAGCUGGAGUACUACAGUGGCUCGUCUAGUUCAUCUAGUUCAUCUGGCUCCUCUAGCUCUUCAAGUGGUUCAUCUGGAUCAUCCGGAUAUUCCAAGAGGUCACCCAGACUGCGCAGGUCCUCAGGGUCAUCCGACUCCUCCGACAGCUCCAGUAGCUCCAGUUCCUCAUCUUCCUCCUCUAGUUCAUCGUCAUCUGACUCGUCGGGGUCGUCAGGUCGGCCGUGUAGUGUCAAGUACGGCAAGGAGCCUCACUACUACGACUCUGAGUGUAAGACCUACUACAGCUGUAGUGACCACUGGGGCGAGCUCGAGUCCUGCCCUAAGGGAUACCAGUUCCACUUCGAGUACAAGGAAUGUGUGGAGGACGAGGAUGUGUUCUGCAAGUGGCAGUUGGAGUACUACGAUGGUUCAUCUGGUUCAUCUAGUUCAUCGAGCUCUUCAAGUAGCUCGUCUGGUUCGUCUGGUUCGUCUGGAUCGUCUGGAUCAUCCGGAUAUUCUAAGAGGUCACCGAGGCUGCGAAGGUCAUCAGGGUCAUCCGACUCCUCUGACAGCUCCAGCAGUUCCAGUUCCUCCUCUUCGUCCUCCUCCAGCUCCUCUGACUCGUCAUCUGACUCGUCGGGGUCGUCAGGUCGGCCGUGUAGUGUCAAGUACGGCAAGGAGCCUCACUACUACGACUCUGAGUGUAAGACCUACUACAGCUGUAGUGACCACUGGGGCGAGCUCGAGUCCUGCUCCAAGGGAUACCAGUUCCACUUCGAGUACAAGGAGUGUGUGGACGACGAGGACGUGUUCUGCAAGUGGCAGCUGGAGUACUACAGUGACUCGUCUAGUUCAUCUGGUUCCUCUGGUUCCUCUAGCUCUUCAAGUGGUUCAUCUGGAUCAUCCGGAUAUUCCAAGAGGUCACCUAGACUGCGCAGGUCCUCAGGGUCAUCCGACUCAUCCGACAGCUCCAGUAGCUCCAGUUCCUCAUCUUCCUCCUCUAGCUCCUCUGACUCGUCGUCCGACUCGUCGGGGUCGUCAGGUCGGCCGUGUAGUGUCAAGUACGGCAAGGAGCCUCACUACUACGACUCUGAGUGUAAGACCUACUACAGCUGUAGUGACCACUGGGGCGAGCUCGAGUCCUGCCCCAAGGGAUACCAGUUCCACUUCGAGUACAAGGAAUGUAUGGAUGACGAGGACGUGUUCUGCAAGUGGCAGCUGGAGUACUACGAUGGUUCAUCUGGUUCGUCUGGUUCAUCUGGUUCGUCUGGCUCAUCGAGCUCUUCAAGCAGUUCGUCCGGAUCGUCUGGAUCAUCUGGAUAUUCUAAGAGGUCACCCAGACUUCGCAGAUCAUCAGGGUCAUACGACUCAUCUGACGAUUCCAGCAGCUCCAGUUCCUCGUCUUCCUCAUCUAGUUCAUCAUCAUCAUCUGACUCGUCGGGGUCGUCAGGUCGGCCGUGUAGUGUCAAGUACGGCAAGGAGCCUCACUACUACGACUCUGAGUGUAAGACCUACUACAGCUGUAGUGACCACUGGGGCGAGCUGGAGUCCUGCUCCAAGGGUUACCAGUUCCACUUCGAGUACAAGGAAUGUGUGGAGGACGAGGACGUGUUCUGCAAGUGGCAGCUGGAGUACUACAGUGGCUCGUCUAGUUCAUCUAGUUCAUCUGGUUCCUCUAGCUCUUCAAGUAGUUCAUCUGGAUCAUCCGGAUAUUCCAAGAGGUCACCUAGACUGCGCAGGUCCUCAGGGUCAUCCGAUUCCUCCGACAGCUCCAGCGGUGCGUAUACCCUGUGCAUACCGUGCAUACUGUGCAUACCGUGCAUACUCAAUCUCUGA